AUGGCAACACCCAACUCUGUCCAACAACUAACCACGAAGAUCGGUCCACGAGGUAUUCCCGAAGCGAUCUUUAUCGAAGAUGUAGAAGCACAUUUAGGUGGUCCUGAUGGUGAUGCAGAAAAAGCUUUAGUAGGAUGGCAAGAUAUGAUUGCGAAGUAUCAAUUUAUGGAAAAAAGUACGGUAAAGAAAAAACUUGAUUUAGAACAAAAGAUUCCUGAACUUGAAUCUACCUUAGAAACAGUAGAAGUUUUACAAACUAAAAAAGAUGCUGAAGAAGUUUUAGAAACUCAUUUCGAAUUAGCUGAUACACUUUACACGAGUGCAGUAAUCGAACCAGUCGAAGAAGUUUAUCUAUGGCUAGGUGCUAAUACCAUGAUGGCUUAUCCACUUGCCGAAGCUCGUGAAUUGUUAUCAGAAAAGAUUGAAGCGGCAAAAGUUAGACUAGCACAGACAGUUGAAGAACACGCCUUUUUACGCAACCAACUAACUACUAGUCAAGUUAAUGUUGCAAGAGUUUAUAAUUGGGAUGUCAAACGUCGUAAGGAACGUAAAGCUCGUGAAGAAGCUCUUGGUGCGCCUAGUGCAACAACUGAGUGA